UCCAGGCUUUACCGCGACAGUUUCUGCUAGAGACUCAUACAAACCUGUUAUUCAAGUAAACAGAAUCACUAGUGUUUCAGCGAUUCUCGCACUGCAGUAGUGCACAUUUAUAUUUGCGUCUUCAACGUGCAAAACAAUCUCUUGCACUCGUAUUUAUUCCUCUGAAGAGAAUUAUAUCCCGGACGCAAUGGAUUUUCUGUGGCUGGUGUGCGUUGCGGUGAGCGUCAGCGCCUGGUACGCGUCUGCGGAGCGACACAGUGUUUACUGGAACAGCACGAACGCUAAUUUCCUUUGGGAUGAUUACACCGUGGAGGUCCGCAUUAAUGACUACCUAGACAUCAUCUGCCCUCACUACACUCGUGGCGAGAUCCCAUCCCAGGAGGCCGAGCGGUACGUGCUCUACAUGGUAGAGUUGGAGGACUACGAGAACUGCAAGCCACAGUCCUUCGACCAGCUGCGCUGGGAGUGCUCCAGACCUUUCGCUCCUCACGCUCCAGAGAAGUUCUCUGAGAAGUUCCAGCGCUUCACUCCCUUCACUCUGGGCAAAGAGUUCCGUCAGGGAGAGAGUUACUACUAUAUUUCCAAGCCUCUUCACCAUCAUGGACAGGAGUGUUUGAGGCUGAAGGUGGAUGUAGUUGGACCUCAUGGUUCUAAAAACAAGAAGAAGACCAUGGAAAAACAUGAGGAAUUAGAAGGGAAGAUGGCUGCUGGUGGAGUCCAUAACCCGUCAAAAAGGCUUCCAUCAGACUAA